CGGCUUAAGUGAUUUCACUGCACGACCGUUGUUAUAGCAACGAUCUUAUUGGUGUAGGUUAAAAAAAUGGCGGUUGUGUCAGAAAGUUGUUAGGUUAGAAUAGUUGAUUACAUUAUAUGUUUUUCUUGGCAUUUUAGUAAUUAGACAAAUAGCUGGAAAUAGUUAUUCGUGUUAUCAAUUAUAAAAUUACCCAUAAAAGUAAAAAUGAGGAUUGCUGUAGAAGGAUGCGCCCAUGGCGAAUUAGAUAUUAUUUAUGAGACUAUCCAAGAAAUGGAAAAAGCUGAUAGAAAGAAAAUAGAUUUACUCAUUUGUUGUGGAGAUUUCCAAUCCACGAGAAAUUUGAGUGAUCUGAAUUGCAUGGCUGUACCUGAUAAAUAUAAGAGCAUGUGUACCUUUUAUAAAUAUUAUUCUGGGGAAAAAGUUGCUCCUGUGUUAACAAUUUUUAUUGGAGGCAAUCAUGAAGCAUCAAAUUAUCUCCAAGAAUUACCAUACGGUGGAUGGGUAGCACCUAAUAUCUAUUACCUUGGAUAUGCUGGUGUUGUAACGAUAGGCAAUAUUAGAAUUGCUGGUUUAUCAGGCAUUUAUAAAAAUCAGCACUUAAUGCAAGGGCAUUAUGAAAAGCCUCCAUAUAGUGAAAAUACCAUUAGGAGUGUAUAUCAUAUUAGGAAUUUAGAAAUAUUUAGAUUGAAACAGCUUAGUGGCAAUAUUGAUAUUUUUUUAUCUCAUGAUUGGCCAGCAGGGAUAACCAAGUAUGGAGAUGAGAAUAGUCUAUUAAGAGGAAAACCAUUCUUCAAAAAUGAUAUUGAGAAUAAUAUGCUUGGUAGUCCACCAAGUAUGGAACUCUUAGAGUAUCAUUAUCCAGCUUAUUGGUUCUCUGCACAUUUACAUUGUAAAUUUGCAGCUCUUGUUCCUGAAAAACAAGGAGCAAGGGUAACUAAAUUUUUAGCCCUUGAUAAGUGUCUUCCAAAAAGAAAGUUUCUUCAAAUUCUUGAAUUGGAACAUGAACAAAGUUUACCACUAAAAUUACAUUAUGAUUUAGAAUGGUUGACAAUUUUAUAUUUAACCAAUCAUUUAUUAAGUGUGAAAAGUGGUAUUCAUUACAUGCCUGGACAGUAUGGUAAUAACAGAUGGAUAUUUACACCAACUGUGGAGGAGAAGGAAAACGUUUUGAAGAGAUUUAAUUUUAAUUUAGAAAUUCCAUUAAAUUUCACACAGUCAACAAAGCCAUAUGAUCCUAACGUUUCGGAUGUUUCAAUUGAAGCACCAAAAUUAUUAAUAAAUAAUCAAACUACAUUGUUCUGCAACACUUUAGGGAUUGAUGAUCCGUUUGUUUUGUUGCAAUUAAUGAGCAAUACAAAGGAAUUUAAAUCAAAUGGAUCAUUAAUAGACACAUCUUAUGAACAAGUGCCAGGUUCUAUUGAUAAUUCUGUUUCAUUUGAGGAAGAUAAUGUUUUAAACUCUACUUUUGAUGGUAGUAUAACUGGGGAUUCUUUUAAUCGGACAUCACCAUUAAAUUUAUCUCCUAAAAGUAAUAGUGAAGAACAAGAUUUACCAAUAAGUAAUAGUAAAGAAACUGUAGAUGAAAGUUUAAAUAAUUUAACUUCAACAGUCAAAUUAGACUGUUCUGAUGACAGUCACAAUCAUUUUAUACAGAUUGAACCAAAUUGUAAAAAAUUUAAACGGCGGAAUUAUGCUAUUUAUUCCAAUACACUUUAAAUGUGAUUUAAUUCUUUAUUGAAAAGAAGGACUGGAAUGUCUUAUUCCUAAUUACAGCAUUGUUGUAUAUAAAGGAAUUUAAUGAAUCAUGUAAAAAAUUAUUGUGUACAUAAAAAUGACAUUUAUUUCUUUUAGAAAAUUAUUUUCUAACGGCACAGAAAAAUGCGAAAAAUGCUAUUAUAUAUUUGUUUUUUAUUGAAUAAACAAAAAUGAUUAUCGAA